UUGUAGAAAAUGAAGCCCUCGAAACAACUCAAAUGUUAGUGGCAAUAGAGAAAACAAAUCAAGAAGAAUCAAGUCCAGAGAGUUAUGAUGUUGUGCCUGCAAAAGAUGACAACUCUUUACAUUCAGCUAUUAUGUCCGAUUAUUCUUCUGAGGUCCAGAACUCCAAUACAACAAAUUAUCCAGAGACUGACAUGGAAUGUUUAAUUCCUAAAAGUGAAAAUCUUCAAGAAGAUCAUGAUGAGGAGGUUAAGGCAACACAUGAACUGGAUCACUCUCCUGAAAGUGUGACACAGGUUGCCACAGAAGAUGCAGAAAUAAUUUCUGGAAGCCUGAUAGACCAAGCUGAAAUCAGUGACACAUACCAAUUUGAGUUUAUUGUGAAAGGUACUGAUGAUUCUGUUGCUAAGCAGGAAGAUUUGAAUACGGAUGACAAACAGGAUGUGCAUCCCACAAAAGAAAAUAGCAUUGAGGCUUUAGAACAGACAAAUGAGGAUGAGGAUACAGAGAAACUGCAGAUCAAUGAUACUGAAACAGCAGACUCUGCACUUGGUCAAGUGUAUGAGGGUGAAGCCAGUGUGGUAGAGGAUGAUAUACAACCCAGUGUUGAACAAACAGUUCAUCAGGAGAAGGAAGGAAUACUCUCUGGGGAUGAGGAAAGUGAAUCUUCUUUACAAACACAGCAAUCAGAAACAAAUGCACUUUUGGAUUCACAACCUCAGCAAAACGACACAGACUUCAACUCCAUUGGGAGCAGAAGAAAACUGGGGUCUAGCCGAAGAAAUAAAGGACGACACCGGGUUAAGGAAUCUGUUGCUGAAUCGUACCUCAGACCUACAGAAGAAGUUGUAGAAAGUGUCAGUGAUAAUGAAGCCCUUGAAACAACUGAAAUGUUAGUGGCAAUAGAGAAAACAAAUCAAGAAGAAUCAAGUCCAGAGAGUGAGCAUGAUGUUGUUGUGCCUGCAACAGAUGACAACUCUUUAUAUUCAGCUAUCAUGUCUGAUUAUUCUUCUGAGGUCCAGAGCUCAAAUACAACAAACUAUCCAGAGACUGACAUGGAAAGUUUAAUUCCUAAAAGUGAAAAUCUUCAAGAAGAUCAUGAUGAAAGAGAGACUGACUUUAAAGUGGAGGUGUCUGAUAAAUCAGUGGAAGCCACGCUGGAAGAAAUGGACCAAUCUGACACUCUUCAGAGUCAAGAAGAUGGAGGCACCUAUCAUUCAGAGGACAGUGUGGACAAAGUACAUGAACAGGAGGUUAAUCCAACACAUGAACUGGAUCACUCUCCUGAAAGUGUGACACAGGUUGCCACAGAAGAUACAGAAAUAAUUUCUGGAAGCCUGAUAGAGCAAGCUGAAAUCAGUGACACAUACCAAUUUGAGUUUAUUGUGAAAGGUACUGAUGAUUCUGCUGAUAAGCAGGAAGAUUUGAAUACGGACAACAAACAGGAUGUGCAUCCCACAAAAGAAAAUAGCAUUGAGGCUUCAGAACAGACAAAUGAGGAUGAGGAUACAGAGAAACUGCAGACCAGUGAUACUGAAAGAGUAGACUCUGCACUUGGCCAUGUGUAUGAGGGUGAAGCCAGUGUGGUAGAGGAUGAUAUAAAACCCAGUGUUGAUCAAACAGUUCAUCAGGAGAAGGAAGGAAUACUCUCUGGGGAUGAGGAAAGUGAAUCUUCUUUACAAACACAGCAAUCAGAAACAAAUGCACUUUUGGAUUCACAACCUCAGCAAAACGACACAGACUUCAACUCCAUUGGGAGCAGAAGAAAACUGGGGUCUAGCCGAAGAAAUAAAGGACGACACCGGGUUAAGGAAUCUGUUGCUGAAGUUGUAGAAAGUGUCAGUGAUAAUGAAGCCCUCGAAACAACUCAAAUGUUAGUGGCAAUAGAGAAAACAAAUCAAGUAGAAUCAAGUCCAGAGAGUGAGCAUGAUGUUGUUGUGCCUGCAAAAGAUGACAACUCUUUAUAUUCAGCUAUUAUGUCUGAUUAUUCUUCUGAGGUCCAGAAAUCCAAUACAACAAAUUAUCCAGAGACUGACAUGGAAAGUUUAAUUCCUAAAAGUGAAAAUCUUCAAGAAGAUCAUGAUGAAAGAGAGACUGACUUUAAAGUGGAGGUGUCUGAUAAAUCAGUGGAAGCCACGCUGGAAGAAAUGGACCAAUCUGACACUCUUCAGAGUCAAGAAGAUAGAGGCACCUAUCAUUCAGAGGACGGUGUGGACAAAGUACAUGAACAGGAGGUUAAUCCAACACAUGAACUGGAUCACUCUCCUGAAAGUGUGACACAGGUUGCCACAGAAGAUGCAGAAAUAAUUUCUGGAAGCCUAAUAGACCAAGCUGAAAUCAGUGACACAUAUCAAUUUGAGUUUAUUGUGAAAGGUACUGAUGAUUCUGCUGCUAAGCAGGAAGAUUUGAAUACAGAUGACAAACAAGAUGUGCAUCCUACAAAAGAAAACAGCAUUGAGGCUUCAGAACAGACAAAUGAGGAUGAGGAUACAGAGAAACUGCAGACCAGUGAUACUGAAAGAGUAGACUCUGCACUUGGCCAUGUGUAUGAGGGUGAAGCCAGUGUGGUAGAGGAUGAUAUAAAACCCAGUGUUGAUCAAACAGUUCAUCAGGAGAAGGAAGGAAUACUCUCUGGGGAUGAGGAAAGUGAAUCUUCUUUACAAACACAGCAAUCAGAGACAAAUGCACUUUUGGAUUCACAACCUCAGCAAAACGACACAGACUUCAACUCCAUUGGGAGCAGAAGAAAACUGGGGUCUAGCCGAAGAAAUAAAGGACGACACCGGGUUAAGGAAUCUGUUGCUGAAUCGUACCUCAGACCUACAGAAGAAGUUGUAGAAAUUGUCAGUGAUAGUGAAGCCCUUGAAACAACUCAAAUGUUAGUGGCAAUAGAGAAAACCAAUCAAAAAGAAUCAAGUCCAGAGAGUUGUGAUGUUGUUGUGCCUGCAACAGAUGACACCUCUUUAUAUUCAGCUAUCAUGUCUCAUUAUUCUUCUGAGGUCCAGAGCUCAAAUACAGCAAACUAUCCAGAGACUGACAUGGAAAGUGUAAUUCCUAAAAGUGAAAAUCUUCAAGAAGAUCAUGAUGAAAGAGAGACUGACUUUAAAGUGGAGGUGUCUGAUAAAUCAGUGGAAGCCACGCUGGAAGAAAUGGACCAAUCUGACACUCUUCAGAGUCAAGAAGAUAGAGGCACCUAUCAUUCAGAGGACGGUGUGGACAAAGUACAUGAACAGGAGGUUAAUCCAACACAUGAACUGGAUCACUCUCCUGAAAGUGUGACACAGGUUGCCACAGAAGAUGCUGAAGUAAUUUCUGGAAACCUGACAGAGCAAGCUGAAAUCAGUGACAUAUACCAAUUUGAGUUUAUUGUGAAAGGUACUGAUGAUUCUGCUGCUAAGCAGGAAGAUUUGAAUACGGAUGACAAACAAGAUGUGCAUCCUACAAAAGAAAACAGGAUUGAAGCUUCAGAACAGACAAAUGAGGAUGAGGAUACAGAGAAACUGCAGAUCAGUGAUACUGAAAGAGUAGACUCUGCACUUGGUCAUGUGUAUGAGGAUGAAAGCAAAGUAGUCGAGGAUGAUAUAAAACCCAGUGUUGAACAAACAGUUCAUCAGGAGAAGGAAGGACUCAACUCUGAAGUGGAGGAGAGUGAACCUUCUUCACAAACCCUGCAAUCAGGAACAAAUGCUUACUUGGAUUCCCAACCUGAGCAAAAUGACACAAACUUCAUUCCCAUUGGGAGCAGAAGAAAACUGGGGUCUAGCCGAAGAAAUAGGGGAAGACGGCAUGCCAAGGACCCUGUUGCUGAAUCCAAUGACAGCCCCGCAGAGGAAAUUGUUGGAAACAUCAGGGAUAAUGAUCAGACUGAAGGAAUUAGUGAUCAAGUCAAAGAAAAUGAACAUGUUGGUGCUCUUGUUGGCAUCUCUGAGUUUAUGUCUUCAAGUGUGCAUCCCAAUUUAACAGUAGAUCAACAGGUAAUUGACCUGUCAAAUUCCACAGAGAUGCCAGAACAAGACCUCUCUAUUGUGUAUUCUGUAAAAGAAAAAGAAAGCAAGGAUGGAGAUGAGGACACUGACUUGUUAAGGCAGGAUGGAAAUUCACAGGGCAACUAUUUAGUUAGUGAGUUACAUUUAAAAUUACCAAAAAUAGAGUCUUCUACCACACCUGAGAUUUCCACAGAAAAAAGCAGCACUGGAGAACAUGCUGACAUUGAAUGUGUUAAGGAAGCAGCAGUUUCAUCACCAGAGGAGUUCUCCGCAAAUGAGGAACAAAGGCAUGUAAACUUUUCACAAGUCAGAGGAUCUCUGCAUUCUGAGAAUGCACACAUGCAAGAAAUGCAUCAGAUUGAUUUCUCCUCAAUUAAUGAAAGCCUGCAAUCAGAAAUGAAUGCUCUUUUGAACUCCCAGGACAAUUCUCAAGACAAUUCUGCAAGAAUGGAAGAGGAAACAGACUUGAACCCCACUGGGAACAGAAGAAAACUGGGGUCUAGCCGAAGAAAUAAAGGACGACAGCAAGUCAAGGUAUCAGUUGCCAAAACAUACCAUGAACCUAAGGACGAAUUUGUAGAAAAUGCAAGGGGGGAUGAAGCAAACCUUGAAACAACAAAAAUGUUAUUAGCAACAGAUACAACGGAAGAAUUCAAACAACAAACCAACCUAGACCUCAAACCUGUAAAUAACAAAGAAAACACAGAAAAAAUGCUGGAGGACACAAUUUUGUCACAGAAUGUUAUGGACAACAGUACAACAACAGACGUUACUUCAAGCUCAGGCAAAGAUGACUCUCUUGAACUUAAUAAGGAUGUUGAAGAGCAUGAGAAUUUCAGUCAGUUUACAGGAAAUAACACAGUUAAAAUAGACUUGAUGCAAUCAUCAGAGGAGGAUUCAUACAUACAGAAUAUCUCAAAUCAUGAUGACAAUGUUACCACCAGGCCAGUUACUAUGGAUGUUCUUGAGCAAGAAGAGGCCUGUCUUGUCCAGAACAGGGAAGCUUUAUCUAGUGACAAAGACUCUUGGCAACAGAUAGAUGAUGCAAUAGAAACUAUGGGAUAUGUGAUCAAAGACUAUAAUACAGAAGUGGCAAGUUCAGUGGAUGUACAAGUGUUUAGACAAGAUGAAGUUGGAGAAAAUUUUGCAGAUCAUACAAAGAAAGACCACGAAGCCCAAGAAAUUAAUAUUUCACAAGGGAUCACACAUGCUGAACAGUUUUCAGCUGCACAAACCAAUAUUGGCACUUUAGCUCCAUUUGACAUUGGUCUCAAGGAAAACAGAGCAGAGACAGUCGUGGAUGUGCCCAAGGAAAGUGGAAUAUCAUGUAACCAACAGCAAGGGAUACAAGAAAAAACUGAUUUAGAUAACAGUGAAAAUUUGCAAGGAAAAUCCAAACAGAAGAGGAGGAAGAUGGGCUCUACUCGCCGGACUCAACUCAAUAGGGAACCGGAGGAAGGAAUGGGCAAUGAAGAUGAAAACAAAGAAAGUGACUCUAACAUGGCUGACAUGAAAUUUGACAGAAUGGAAGUGGUAGAGUUACCAGUGAUUGUAACUGCAGAUGUACAUCAAAAUGGAAAUACAAAACUCAGUCCUGUGGAUAAAGAGCAACAGGGAACUAAUGUAAUUAACACUGUUCAAGACUUGGCAUUGACAUUUCUACCUCCUGUGGAUCCUACAAAAGAGAACAACUUUGAGGCUUUAGAACAGACAAAUGAGGAACAACAAAUUAGUGGCAUAGAAAGAGUAGACACUGCACUAGGACAGGUAUAUGUGAUUGAAGGACAAGUAGAGGACGAUAUAAAACCCAGUGUCUUCUCUGAGGAGGAGAGCAACUCUUCUUUACAAACCCUGCAAUCAGGAACAAAUGCUACUUUGGAUUCCCAACCUGAACAAAACGACACAAACUUCAAACCCAUUGAAAGCAGAAGAAAGCUCGGAUCUAGCCGUAGAAAUAAAGGAAGACAUCAUGCCAAGGACUCUGAGCAACAGGGAACUAAUGAAAUCAGUACUGUUCAAGACUUGGCAUUGAUGGCUCUACCUCCUGAGCAAUCUACUGUGGAUGUAGAGCCAUCACAGCCAGAUGAUUUUACAAGCACUGAGAUGCAUGUACCCUCUGUGCCUGCUGGAACAAACACAACAAAUGCUGGUAUUACAGGAGAGAGCUUUGUAUCUUCAUAUGAGACCACACAGAGUGCACAAAAUGAUGAGAAAAGACUAGAGAGUGUUAAUCUAAGACAGGACCAAGCUUUGAAAUCAGCAGAGGCCGAUUUGGAAAUGAUGAAAUCUAUAGUCAGAGGAGGAGCUGAAGAUGAGCACAAAGAUGAUCAAGCUAAUAUACAAGAGCUGAACGACGUGAAUGAAGGAGCUCACAAUACAAAUCUCGAGAUGAAGAAUUCAAGUCCCAAUUUAAAUUCGCCCGGCAGGAGAAGAAAAAUGGGCUCCACUCGUAGGAACCUGGGAUCACGAAGUAAAAGGGAAGACUUACAUGAACAGCAGGAAGUGGAAAACAGAACUGAGGCAACAGAAACUCUACCAAAUGUUGGUGAUGUAAAGUCUGCAAGUUUUCAAAGUAUUGAAGAAAAAGAAGAACUACAACCUCUCACAGAAGACAAGGAAAUCGACCCAGAACAAAGAAAAGAGAAAGUAUUUGAAACAGUGGAGUACAGCCAUGCUUUUGAGUCUCACGUCAAACCCCCACCUCACCAGGAAAUUGAAGAAAAUCCAGUUUCUCAUGUCCAACUUGUAGAAACAGAUCAUCUAACUCCCAGAGAUCUCCCUGCAAUACCGUCCACUUCUCCCACAGCUGGUGGGAGAAGAAGAAAAUUGGGAUCAAGCCGGAAGUUACGUGGACACCAAACUGAAGGAGAGGACACAAUAACAGAUACACAAAAUAGGAGAGAUGUCAGAAGUAUCACAGAAGAAAGUGACAUCAAGACGACUGAAGAAGAUUCUCUGGGCCUGGACAAAAUAUCAGAGGUUGAUGAAAGUGACAAGGAACCACCGUCUAACAUCAGCGCCUCAAAGGAAGAAGAGCUCUCGAGCCAGCCUGUGAGUGAGGAGACUCCUCAACAAGUGACUCCAGUCACCUCCACUUAUGCUGAAAUCCACCUGAGCCAAGAGAGUCAGAAGACGUUUUCUCUGGCAGGUAGUCCCAAAGGAGCAGCUCUUAAAUCAAACAGUUACAAUGUGAUGAUGGUUGGAGACAGCUCUGUGGGAAAGUCCUCCUUCAUGAAAAGAGCUCAGAGUGGGAAGUUUUCUUUAGAUUUACCCUCCUCUGUUGGACUUGAUUCAUGCAAGUGGACUGUGUUAGUGGAUGGAAAACCUGUGGUACUUCACUUGUGGGAUACAGCAGGUCAAGAAAGGUUUCACAGCAUCACCAGACAGAUUUUCCAUAAAGCCCAGGCUUUCCUCUUGAUGUAUGACAUCACUUCCACUCAGAGUUUCUCUGCGGUCAGCUACUGGGCGGACUGUAUUCAGGAAGGGGCUGCAGAGAACGUCACUAUUUUACUUCUUGGAAAUAAGAAUGAUAUGGCAGAGCGGAAGGUGAAAACUGAGGAGGGGGCGAAUCUCGCUCGGGAGUGCAACUUUGAAUUCAUGGAGUGCAGCGCUGCCACAGGGGAAAAUGUGAUUCACUCAUUGGAAACUGUGGCCAGGAUGUUGAGUCAAAAAGUUGACACAAGAGAGGAAACCACAGUGUUACAGAAAGAGUCCCAACAGAAAAAAUCAGGAUGUUGCUGAACACAGUGUCUGGAUUUUGGAUGGGUUUUUUUUAAAUGUAUAUCACAAGUAAACACUGGUAAUUAAACCAACUUUUGUUCUUUUAAUCCAUUUAAUACAAAUAAUUAUAAUAAUUUGCGCAAAUCUAUAAUUCCUUGUGUUGUGUUGUUAUUUUUUAACACAAUUUAUGAAUAUAUUUCUGUCGUUGCAUGAAUGGAGCAUUUUCAGAUGAGCUUUUCCUUAUGAGACGAAGCCAUAGGGUUGACUCUAAUGUGUAUUUACUGAAUAGCUCCAUGUAUAUACUCUACUGUAUAGCUGAUACAGGCCUUCUUUAGAUGAAGGUCAAUGAAAAGUUUUUAGUGAUCGAGGAAAUCGUUAUCACGUAAUGAAUAAUAUGAACUCCUUACUAUACCAGUGCAAUUUCAAAUGGUUACUUUAAGUCAAUAUUUAUAGAGUCUUGUCCCAGACUGAUGUAUUUCAAUUUGACGGUAUAUUAACUUAUCUCGCUGAGAAUUUCAUGUUUUAGUACUUCAGCACUUUCAGUUCAGAAACAUUCCUCAGGUCCUUAGUGUCUUUACUUUGUGCUUAAUUCUUAAUUUUACUCUAAUGACAUAAAUAUACAGUAUAUUAAAUGUAAUAUGUAUGUACUUUUAAAAUAUAAAUGUAUAAAUCUAUAUAAGGCAAAUGACUCUUGAAAGUUACAAGUCAUGAUACCAAAGUGAUAUUAACAAGGACCAACAAAAUUUGCAGUAUAUUGAUAUAACUGUUACUUUUCAGUGUUUACAAGCAACUCGUGUGAACAAGAAACAUCUUUCAUUCCUGUAGCCGUUCAGCACACAGUGUUAUUCAAUAAUUAUAUUACGUGUAUAUUUGAAAGUGUAUCAUGAUUUUAUUUGUUUCCCCAUCUGUUCUAAAUGAACGGUGUUGGCACUCGGCCUGUUUGAAGCAGUAACACAGUUGACAGGUCGACCAGAUAAUCAUAAAUUAAUUUCAUGCUUUGGAUAAUUAAAGACAGAAGUAGUUAAAUCCUUAACUAUUUGAAUUCAUUACAUUUCAAUUCUUUUAUCAUGGUUCUGUGCAACAGAACAAUUUGUUGUUGUAAUGUCUCACUGUUCUAAUGUCAUGUCUUAUGCUCAAUAAACCUCCAGAACAACAAC